AUGCCCAUCCCAGACCUCCCCGGCGAACUCAUUUCCCGCCACUCAGAACAAGAGCAAUGGCUCAAAAUGCACGUCGCUCGUAUGUGCGGCCUCGACCAUGAAAGAUUUCCGGGAAGUCAGCCUGUCAGUUUUGGUGUCAGGGAUCUCGAGAAACUUGAAAACCAAGACUAUUGGGUAUGCGAGAAGUCGGAUGGCGUUCGUGUGCUGUUCUUGGUGGUUACAGACAUGGGAGAGCAAUCAAUAUUUAUCAUUGACCGACAUAAUACUUAUCGUCAACUUUCCGGACUUUUUUUCCCUCAUCAUGAAAACCCUGUUCACCCUCUCCGAAACACUCUCGUAGAUGGAGAGCUUGUGAUUGACGUCGACCCUCGAACGAAGCACGAACAAAUGCGGUUUCUGGCAUUCGACUGCCUCGUUAUUGAUGAUCAACCUGUGAUGAAAAGAUCUCUGGACAAGCGAUAUGGCAGGCUGAACGAGUGGUUCUACAAACCAUACGCAAAGAUGAUCAGGGAUCACCCGCACAUGGCGGGAUCACAACCCUUUAGCAUUACCGUCAAGGAGAUCAGCCUUUCAUACCAUGUCGAGAAAGUCUUCAACGUCGACAUUCCAGCGUUGCAACAUGGAAACGAUGGUCUUAUCUACACUUGCGUAAGCACACCAUAUACACCUGGGACGGAUACGAAUAUUUUGAAGUGGAAACCUCCCUCGGAAAACUCCAUCGAUUUUAAACUCGUCCUCCGAUUUCCGCCAUCGAGAUUCAAUCCUCACGAACCGGACUGGCAUGCAAAGCCGCUCUUCCUUCUCUAUGUUUGGUGCGGGGACUCUAAAUACGAGCAAUACGACGACUUGUAUGUCGACGACAACGAGUGGGAAGAGCUCAAACGGUCUGGCGAACAAAUAGACGAUCGCAUAGUCGAAGUUCAUUGGGAUUCUGUGAUAUCUCGCUGGCGGAUGAUGAGGUUCAGAGACGAUAAGCCUAAUGGAAACCAUCGGUCCGUCGUCGAUAAUAUCAUCCAGAGUAUUGCGGAUGGUGUAGAGAAAGAGUCGCUUCUGGAACGAUGUAAUGCGAUUCGUUCUGCGUGGAAGGCCCGCCAUGGACAGCCUCAGACCUCUCAUGGACGGCCACCACCACCACCGCACCAAUCAACUAUCAUGCGGCCACCUCCUCUCCCGUCUGCGAAAGGUCAACCACCAUCGAGCUACCCGUCUCCUUCUGCGGAGUACCGCUAUGGACCUCUUGCCCAAUCACCAUGGAGUAGAGUUUCUGGACCACCUGUCGUUGCAGGCAUGAAGCGCUGA